AUGGCUGUGUCGAAGAACAUCUCCAUCUGGACAACAUUAAAGUCUGACGAUGCAACGGUUGGCACGGCAAACUCGUCUACGUCGGAAACGAUUCCUGUAAAGAAGACAAGGUCAUUACAGGGUUUCCACGAAGCUGCAACCAACCAAGAACUUCGUGUGGAACCCGACCAAGGAGCAUUGACGUCUUCAAGAGAGAUACCUGGGUCUUCCGGUCAUACAGAGAAACCCAGUGCUCAGACACCGGAACUGACGUCAUCUGCCAAGCUGAUAGUGCUAGUUUCCUGCAUAUGCAUCAACUUCCUGUCUAUCGGUUUUGCCCUCGGUCUGGGAGUCGUGUUUGUCCAAAUCCUCGACGUCUUCAGCGCCACCCGUGCACAGACGUCACUGAUGCAGUCGUUGUGCAUUGGCUUAAUGUAUACAGGGGGUAUGAUCCCUAAUACACUCUCUGUCUUGAAUAUUUCGUAACCUCAUUUAUAUCUCUGCCACCUUUGGGAGGAAGCCAUAUUGAU